CGCGCGUCGCGUCGCGAAAUACGAUGCGAUCCCUCCGCGAGCUCGCUCGCCUCGCGACCCGCGCUUCCUCCCUCGCGUCGCGCGCUCCCGCCGGCGCGCCGCCCGCGAUCGCGUCCCGGACGCGCGUCUUCACGAUGUCAUCCCCCGCCGCCGAGGAGGUGGACGCGUACAAAGUCGGCGACUCGACGAACAUCAAGUGGCACGAGGGAUCCGUGGACGCGUCGACGCGCGAGAAGGCGCUGAACCAGAAAGGGUGCGUCCUGUGGUUCACCGGCCUGAGCGGCUCGGGGAAGAGCACGGUCGCGUACACGCUCGAGCACGCGCUGUUUCAGCGCGGGAAGAUCGCGCAGGUACUCGACGGGGACAACAUUCGCCACGGCCUGAACAGCAACCUCGGGUUUUCCGCCGCGGACCGCGAGGAGAACAUCCGGCGCAUCGGCGAGGUCGGGAAGCUCUUCGCGGACUCCGGGAUGAUCACGCUCAUCUCGUUCAUCUCGCCGUACCGCGCGGACCGACAGAAAGUGCGCGAGCGCGUCGGGGACGGCAAGUUCGUGGAGGUGUACAUGAAGAUCCCUCUCGCCGUGUGCGAAGAACGCGACCCCAAGGGCCUGUACAAAGCAGCGCGCGCGGGUAAGAUCAAGGGGUUCACCGGGAUCGACGACCCGUACGAGGAGCCUUUGAACGCGGAGAUCGUCAUGGAGGUGGCGAAGGAGGGCGGGGACGGGACGUUGGCGCCCCCGGAGAAGAUGGCCGCCGCGAUCAUCGACGUCCUCGAGAAGAAAGGCUUUCUCACCGCGUAAGUAUAUAAUAACGAGGGCGCGAGACCGCUCCCCGUGCGACCCCGCGCGCGCGGUGAACGUCGAUCCUCGAGGGCUUUCUCGCCCCGCGCGACCGAUGUGACGGCGACGAAAGAGGGGUCGUGAUGAUGCAGCACCCACCUCUAUGUUUGAUGAAGAUGAUGAUAUACUUAUCUACGUCCUACGUUUU